CAGAUUGAUCCAGCCCGAUCCGACCGGAAGAAUUAAUGGCGGAGGGAAGAAAGCGGAAAAGGACUGAAACAGAUGAAGCAGAAAACAGACGACGACGAGGGCGUCCGCGACUGCCUGGAGAAGAAAGGAAGCGAAGGAAAAUUGCAAAUGAUAGGGAAAGGCGGAAAACUGAGAAGUUUGAACGUGAAAGAUUUGAGGCCUUUGUUACCCAGCCCGGAAUUAUAGACAAGUACGAAGCCUUUAAAGAAGAUUACAACAAAAGAAAUGGACAAAGUUCAAAGAUGGAUGGAACGAAUGAAUCCUUUGACACGGGAAUGCUGACAGGCACCCCAUCUGAGCCACAAAUACGGGGGAGAGAGGAAGAACUGGCUGAAGUCCGAAAGGGCAACAUGCCUAUAACUGUUGACAAUUGUACUCCACCUGUUUUCCCAAUUGGUGGUUCUCGAUCUAGUAAGUUUAUGGCUAGCGCUAGCCAGACUGCACAUCAAUCAGACUUCGCGGGCGACAGCAAUUGGAAAGAGGCGCAAUAUGCACAAAAGCAGCAUAAUACUUAUGCUGCUAAGUGCCCAUCAAGCUAUGGAUUGGACCAUCUACUGUUAGAGCUAAUGUUAGAGACGCAAAAGCAGCUGCAAGGGAUGGUGGAUAAUAUCAAUCCUAUGAUUCAGAAGUCUGUUGCAGCAGUUCUUGCAUCAUUUGGAUUUUUCCCACAAACAAAUGCCCCUAUUGUCUCUCCUGCAGGGCCUCAUCAUGACCCUCUUGGCAUGCAAGGAGGAACUAAUGCUGCUGCUGGAUCCUCUGGUGGUCCCACAACCCAGUCAUCCCCACAUAAUGGAGAGGUUAAACUCAAUCAAUACAAUGCCUCUUGUGGGGAGCCCGAAAUUUUUGAAAUGGUCAAAGCCUUUAGUGAAAACUACAGGCCAAGUACAGAGUUUCAACUCAAAGAAGACGGGGAUUCUUGCAAGGAGCCCGGAAUUGCUGACAGUUUCAAAGCCGUCACGGAAAAGGAAGAACAAGAGUUUGACGAAAAUGAUAAGAUGCUUGUGGAAGAUAUGAUGGAGGAUGAAAUUGAAAUGCGUUCUUUUUUAAACUCACUGGGACCAGAAUGUGACAGCGAAUUUGAUGUGAUCCCUAGAUCUUGGCUUGGGGGCCAUGAAGCCUACUGCAACUGGCGGUAUAACUUGGAAUUACAUGACCCUAUUGUCUCUCCUGCAGAGCCUCAUCAUGACCCUCUUCGCAUGCAAGGAGAAACUAUUGCUGCUGCUGGAUCUGCCGGUGGUCCCACCAGUCAGUCCUCACCACACAAUGAAAAGUUUUAAUUUUACCUUGAUCCCACUUUUAUGUCAUUUCUUAUGGGACAUGUCCCAUGGAUGAUGCAGGUUUUUAUGUUUAUGUUGGCUUAUCAUCGCUAUGGAUUAUGUUGGUGCAGCUAUUAUCUAGAAUGAUAUGAACUUAAUUACAUGAACAAUAGUUAGGUGGUUGUGUUGAGUGGGAUAUUUGAAGUCGAUGUUAAUUAUAUAAACUACAUGUUAUUUA